AUGUUCUCGAGUGGUCCUAAUUACACGAAGCUGAAAACCAACUUGCGGUUGGCGAUAAACAGGUUAAAGCUGCUGGAGAAGAAGAAAACCGAGCUGACUCAGAAAGCCAGGAAAGAAAUCGCUGAUUAUAUAGCUGGUGGCAAGGUCGAGAGAGCCAAGAUCAGAGUCGAGCAUAUUAUUCGCGAGGACUACAUGGUCGAGGCCAUGGAACUCCUGGAGAUGUACUGCGACUUGCUGCUAGCUCGAUUUGGACUCAUCCAACAAAUGAAAAAUCUAGAUGACGGCUUAGCAGAAGCAAUAUCAACAAUUCUCUGGGCAGCACCACGGAUGCAGACGGACGUCCAAGAAAUGAAAGUAAUUGCAGACAUAUUGACCUCCAAGUAUGGACGACAGUACAUGGAAGCAUGCAGAGACGAACAGGUCCCUUCCAUUUCCGAGAAACUCAAACACAAGAUGAGCAUCCAGUCGCCGUCAAAGCUGCUGGUGGAGAAAUAUCUGAUCGAAAUCGCCAAGAAUUAUAACAUCGAGUAUGAACCAGAUCCUCAAGUGAUGGCUGAGGGACAAGAUGCUGUGCUGAUAGACGUCAAUGCUGAUGGGUCUAACAAUCUAGACGUAGCCGGUGGAGGACCUCAGCCUAUGGGUUUCAUUGGAUUCCCACAGGCUCCACUGCUACCUGGUGCUCCUUCGAAUAUCAACGCUUUUGGCUCUGGAGAGAAAAAUACCGGACCAGCGAUGGGUUUUGUAUCUCCUGGAGCUCCUUUGAUGCCAGAAAAGGAUCAAAAUGUUCCGUUCAAUCCUUCAGCAUUGUCUUAUAAUAUUCCGUUGGAUAAUGCUAAUAGCAAUAAACCAAUGCCUGAACUUCCGACAGUUCCCACUGACAGCACAUCACCAGACGGAGCUGGUGGGAACAAUGAUGACAUCGAUUUCGAUGAUCUGAUGAAGCGCUUCGAGGACUUAAAAAAGCGA